AUGGUCAAGGCAUAUCAGCGUUACACUCCCCGCACCAUCUUUGGUGUGGUUGCCAGUGGAAACUCCAACAUCAUCUAUGAUGCCGCUGGCAAAUACGCCAUCAGCCCCACUCUUGAAGAUAUCAGCAUCUGGGACCUCAAGAAGGGCGAGCUGGUCGGAACAUGGCACGAUAGCGACAACAAGGCAGAGGUGACAUGCAUUGCUCGCAGCACGGAUCGGGACAGCUACGCAGUCGGUUAUGCUAACGGAUCGAUCCGCAUCUGGAGCAUGAAGACCAGCGAGGUCCUCGUUACCUUCAACGGCCACCGAUCCGCCGUCACUGCCCUUGCCUUCGAUAAGUCUGGAAGUCUUUUGGUUUCUGGGUCUAGGGACACUGAUCUGAUUGUCUGGGAUGUCGAAGGAGAAGUCGGUCUCUACCGUCUCCGUGGACACAAGGAUCAGGUCACAUCGGUUCGGUUCUUGUCGCGGCCUUCGAUGGUCGAGGGUGGCAAACCCACAGAUGGAUAUGUUCUCUCAUCGUCCAAGGAUACACUCAUCAAGCUCUGGGAUCUCUCAACCCAGCACUGCAUGGAAACCUUGGUUGCUCACAGGAACGAGGUCUGGGAUUGCGAUGUCAAUGAGGACGAAACCAUGUUGGUCUCUGGAGGCGGCGAUCCCGAUAUCAAGGUCUGGAAGAUCAACGCUAGCGUUUUGAAGACAGGAUUGGCUGUUGGCGAGGAGGCCAAGGAGGUUGGCGAGGAAGAGGAAGAGCACAACGCCCUGGACGAGGACGGAAAAUUGGUAAACGCUGUCCCCAAGGCCAUCACAUUCUACGGUUCGAUCCCUCGACAGUCCAAGGAGAGGGUCACGACUCUGGAGUUUCACUCGUCGCAGCAGUUUUUGGGAUGUCAAGCUUCAGACAAGUCAAUUGAGCUGUUCAGGAUACGCACUAUUGACGAGAUCAAGAAGAAGAUGUCGCGCAGAAAGAGACGUCAGAGGGAGAAGGCACAGCAGCUGCUGAAGAAGGGUGAUACUGAGGGUGCUGCUGCCGAAGAGGCAGCGAUUGGAGAGGAGGGUAUUCAGGCAACAGAUGAGAUUACACCUUGGCACAUUAUCCGGACGGGCGCCAAGUUGCGAUCGUUCGACUUCGCACCUGUCAAGGAUGUGGAGAAGGUCGGACAUGUCCAGUUGGUCACCUCGCUCAACAACAACACAGUUGAGGUCUGGACUGUCCCCCACCCCAACGCUGCCAAGAAUGAGGAGGUUGCUGAUGAGCCCAGCAAGGCCUACACUCUGGAACUGGCUGGACACCGAUCUGAUAUCCGUACCGUUGCCCUCAGUUCUGACGACGAGUUGCUCUGCUCCGCCUCUAACAACUCACUGAAGAUCUGGAAUGUCAAGACCACAUCGUGCAUCAGGACAAUGGAGUGCGGCUACGCUCUUUGCUGUGCCUUCUUACCCGGAAACCGCCACGUCAUUGUGGGAACAAAGUCGGGUCAUUUGGAGUUGUUUGAUUUGGGAUCGUCGUCAAUGAUCGAGUCAAUCGAGGCUCACGACGGCGCGAUUUGGUCGCUUCAGAUCCGCCCCGACAGACGUGGAUUGGUGACAGGAAGUGCAGACAAGGAGGUCAGGUUCUGGGAUUUCGAUAUGGUGGAGGAGGAGGUUGGUUCGUCAGUCAAGAAGCGACUCUCGUUGGUUCACAUGCGUACACUCAAGAUGUCGGAUGAUGUCCUCUGCGUCCGCUACUCACCCGAUCAGAAGAUGGUUGCUGUCUCGUUGUUGGAUGCGACGGUCAAGGUCUUUUACCACGAUACACUCAAGUUCUUCCUGUCGCUCUAUGGUCACAAGCUGCCUGUUCUGUCGAUGGAUAUCUCGUCGGAUUCGAACCUGUUGGUGACCUGCUCAGCCGAUAAGAACGUCAAGCUGUGGGGUUUGGACUUUGGAGAUUGUCACAAGUCGAUGUUCGCCCACCAGGAGUCGGUCAUGGCGGUCCAGUUUGUCUGGAACACACAUUAUUUCUUUACAGCAUCUAAGGACCGGACAGUCAAGUACUGGGAUGGAGACAAGUUUGAGAACAUUUUGAAGUUGGAGGGUCAUCACGGAGAGGUCUGGGCGCUUGCUAUCGGAACCUACGGAAACAUUGUGGUCUCGGCCUCGCACGAUCGCUCAUUACGUAUCUGGCAAAAGACGGAGGACCAGGUCUUUUUGGAGGAGGAGCGUGAGCAAGAGUUGGAUGAUCUCUACGAGGCUACCUUGACGGCGUCGUUCGAGAAGAGCGGUAUGGUGGACAAUGGCGAGGGUAUCAUUGGAGCACCCUCGACCAGUAAUGGUGACGAGUUGGCCUCGGCCGGAAAGCAGACCUUGGAUACCCUCAAGUCUGGAGAGCGCAUCAUGGAGGCUCUCGAGAUGGCCGACGCGGAGAUUGAUGCCUGGAAGGCCUAUAACGCUGCCGUUGCUCGUGGUGAGCGUGGCUUGAGCAAGCCCCAGCGGUCGCCUCUGUUGAUCUCGAUGCGCCAGACUCCCGAGCAGCAUGUCUGGAACGAGUUGCAGCGUGUUCGCCCUGCCGAGUUGGACGAGGCUCUCUUGGUCUUGCCCUUUGCAGCCGUCACCAGUCUGCUGAACUGGCUCGAUGUCUUUGUCCAGCGCGAAUACAACAUCAACUUGGUCUGCCGAGUCUUGUUCUUCCUGAUCAAGUCCCACCACAACCAGAUUGUCGCCAACAGGAUCAUGCGUCCCAUGCUCGAUUCUGUCCGCCGCAACCUCCGCGCCGGUCUCCAAAAGCAAAAGGAUGUCAUUGGAUUCAACGUUGCUGCACUCAACUAUAUCCGCCGCGACUACGAGGCCAACAACACGUCAGAGUUCUUUGACGAGGAGGCCUUACGCAAGGACGAAGAGAAGAAGCAGGACUCUGAAAAGAAGCGCAAGUUCUUGAAGAUGUAA